GCCGUCGCAUGAAUACGUAGCCUAGUGUAAGUGCGGUCGGAUUCUCUCAGCGCCGCGGAUGUCUUUUCCUAGAAGUAAGGUUAAGAUGGCGUUGAGAAGUGCUUUGAGUCGCCUGGUGGGGAACUCCAGUCGCUGUGGCGUGUUCAGGGUGCAGAGAGCUCAGGGGACUGCAGCUGCUGCUCAGUGGGAGGUGGGAAAGGCUGGUGAUAAGAAGCAGGCCAAAGGGUCUAAAGUGGAGUUUAACUGGCGAGAUGCCCUGAAUCUGGAGGGGCUCCUAACAGAGGAGGAGAUAAUGAUUCGUGACUCGUUCCGCACCUAUUGCCAGGAGAAACUCAUGCCUCGCAUCCUGCUGGCCAACAGGAACGAAGUUUUCCAUCGUGAGAUUGUCUCUGAGAUGGGUGAGCUGGGUGUUUUGGGCCCAACCAUUAAAGGCUACGGAUGUGCGGGGACGAGUUAUGUAGCGUAUGGACUGAUUGCGCGGGAGGUAGAGAGAGUGGACAGUGGAUAUCGCUCUGUCAUGAGUGUUCAGUCCUCUCUGGUCAUGCAUCCAAUUUACACAUAUGGCACGGAGGAGCAGAAAGAAAAAUACCUCCCCAGACUGGCACGGGGAGAGAUUCUGGGCUGUUUCGGGCUGACAGAACCCAACCACGGCAGUGACCCGGGUAGCAUGGAGACCCGGGCCAAGUAUAACUCAUCCAGUAGAACUUUCACCCUCACCGGCUCCAAGACAUGGAUCACCAAUUCCCCAGAGGCAGAUAUCUGUGUGGUGUGGGCGAAGUGUGAGGAUGGGAAGGUUCGCGGCUUCAUCCUGGAGCGCGGCAUGAAGGGCCUCACCACACCCAAGAUUGAGGGCAAGUUCUCCCUCCGUGCAUCCACCACCGGUAUGAUCAUAAUGGAUGAGGUGGAGGUGCCAGAGGAGAACCUGCUGCCGAGAGUCUCUGGAUUGGGUGGCCCGUUUGGUUGUCUGAAUAAUGCCAGAUAUGGCAUUGCUUGGGGAGCUCUGGGAGCAGCUGAAUUCUGCUUCCACACGGCGCGGCAGUACACUCUGGACAGAGUCCAGUUUGGAGUUCCUCUGGCCAGGAACCAGCUGAUGCAGAAGAAGAUGGCUGACAUGCUGACAGAGAUAACCGUGGGCCUGCACUCCUGUCUACAGCUGGGCAGACUCAUGGACCAGAAAAAAGCUGCGCCUGAGAUGGUCUCUAUGCUUAAGAGAAACAGCUGUGGUAAGGCCCUGGACAUAGCGCGGCAAGCCAGAGACAUGCUCGGUGGAAACGGCAUUGCUGAUGAGUACCAUGUCAUUCGCCAUGUCCUCAACCUCGAGGCAGUCAACACAUAUGAAGGUACCCAUGACAUCCAUGCCCUGAUUCUGGGCAGAGCUAUCACAGGACUGCAGUCAUUCACUGUCAACAAAUAGACUCCACAGGACAACUCUUCAGGACAAGACAAAACAUAUAGUUUUCUCUUUGUUUCAAAAUGCUGCAUCUAAUGCUAUUUGUUCCGUCUGUAAUUACUUAAAUGGAGGAGAGCACCGUUUCAUUGUCAGAUAUAACAUUAAACCCUGCUUAAACCCUUUCUAUACAGUUAAUUUGAACAGCCCUGUGCAGUCUGAUCAGUUAUAAUCAAACUCUUUGAAUGGAGAGGUCAGUAUAAGGACAAUAAAAAUCCACACCCACAGAGUUCAUUCUAACCACUAAAACUCUAGUAUCUAAACCAUCUUAGUUACAUUAAGUAAAUAUAUUCAUCUAAUGCUGUACUAAUUGUCAGUAAUAUCACUUUAACCAAACACAAAAUAUUUCUUGAUAAUCAUGAGUUCUUGUCAAGGGCUUGUUGUUAGUCUGCCAGGGUAAAUUUGUGGACAGCUGUUUUGUAAGAAAAUGAAAUGUCUCUUUGUGCACUUUAUAUGAAAUGUCAUUUGUCUCCCUGGUUGGGGAGAGGUUUAUUUUUAUUUGCUUCGAGAAACCUUAUUUUAUCCAGAAGUGAAUAAAAGUGCUAUGUGGGAGUGUGUUGUUCUGCA